AUGAACAUCUUCAUUUCAGGACCGUAUCUAGAACACACCCUGUUUUACCAGGCACCCCUGGGGGGGGCCGCGGGCGCCGGGGCGCUCGCCCACCGGUGGGAUGACGCCGACUACCUCUUCAGCAGCGACGCUGCCCACCCGGACACCCGCAGGAUACACCAGAGCCUGGAUUACUUGGAGGGCAGAGCUACAGUCUUUCACUCCCAGUUCCUCUCAGCCUGGGCGCGCAGCGGCGCCGGAGCGAAGCCCUCGCUGGUUCUGGGCCACUUCAUCCUGCCCCCCGCCUGCCUGCAGGAAGAAAUCAGGAGAAAAAUCGGUUGUUUUAUUUGGGAGAACAUGGAUCAGUCACUUGCAGAACAGCCCGAUGAAAAUCUGAUGGAUGAACCCAAGGCUGAGAGAGAAGCCAGUGCAGAAGGAGCAGAGGAUGUGCUAGACCUGGCUGGAAGCAGUGAAGAAGAAACUGUGUCCAGACCACCCAGCCAGGGGGAAUUUCCAUACCGUGCCCUCCAGGAAUACCCGGUGAACAACAUGGUGACAGGUUACGCCUCCGCUCGCCACAUGAGGAAAUACACGGGGGAGCUCCGGGACUUCACUCCGGGCACCUCGGGCUACGCCGUGUUCUGUGUUCAGCGCGGGGUCGGCAUCUACCGCCCCCCCAGGGCUGAAACCAAGAGGAGGUUCUGA